UGACAUGCAACAGAUGUCCCUGGAGGAGCUCAAACACGUCCUGUUCCACGCCUUCAGAGACCAUCUCACCAUGAAGGACAUCGAGAAUAUUAUCGUCACCGAGGAAGAGAGCUUGAAGGAGAACUCAGGAAACUGCCAGACCGAAUUUCAGGGAGUGCAUUCGAAAAAGAAGAAUCGUCAGACAUGUGUCCGCAAGAGCCUCAUCUGCGCUUUUGCAAUGGCCUUCAUCAUCAGCGUCAUGCUUAUCGCAGCCAAUCAGAUGUUACGGAAUGGCAUGGAGUAGCCCCGCCCACUGUGAACCCUGCUUGAUCUGCCCUCUCUUAAUAAGAAACAUGCAUCAAAAACUCCACUUUCUUUUAGUUCGAAGAGCGUGGGGAGCCCACCGAGCAGAGGAUGUGAAUCCCUAGAGCAAGUUUUGUUUUUUAUAUUUAUUAUGGCGAUUGUGAUUGUGACAGACUCUGAAACGGCAGUGAGGGAUGUUCUCAACCAUCAGCUUGACAGGGACAUGCAAGGGCUCCUCACUGGAUACCAUUUAAUGCAAUAACAUCCUGUGUCCCUCCGCGCUGUGUGUUUUUCUCAUUCCCUGUCUUUGAAAUGUGACGACUUUGUACUUUAUCUCACUCCAAGUCAUGUCAGAUGGGAACGAUGAGGAGUGAUUGGCAGCCUGUCCAAUGGAGCCGCUGCUGGAUGUCUGGCAUCAAGAGCGUGUGCAUGUUCAUCUCAAAUGCACUGUACGUUUUGUUCACAGCAUUGCAUUGUUGAAGCUUAUUUAUGGAGUUUAUUGAAGAUAUUGUUUAAUGUUGAAGGGACUGUGGGUAUUUUUGGAAUAGCAUACUACCAUACUAUUACUUUUACAGUAUGCAGUUUACUGUGUACAGUAUGCAAAGAAAAUCACAAAUGAACAAAAUAUACAGGAUACAUCAGGGUCUGCAUGGAGUACUGUAUCCCCCAGUGCAUAUUGACCUUUUGAGUGUGAUCAACUAGAAACUAUUUCAGCUGAUUUUUUUUCUCCUCCUUUGAUUGG